CGCUGCCUUCACACUGCACUGAAAGGGAAGCUGAUGUUGUGCCAGCAGCUCGGCUCCAUUACCAGCGCCGCCACUCGCACACAGUGAUGGGAAAGAAAACCCGCACAGGGCCGGGCCGACGGACCAUUUUACAGCUCUCACCGCCAGGACUGCGCAGCGGCACAGGAACAGCCCGAGACGAGGCUCCAGGCUCUGGCUCUGAAGGGGAGACAGAGGGUUAUACAAGCAAGGACGGGCAAGGAGUCUACAGGGAGAUGAACAUGGAAAUGAAGACCUCAGCAGUGAAGGCAACACAGGGUUUGUCUUUGCUCGGUGCUUAUGAGGACAGUGAGGAAGAAGAUGGAUCUGAAGCAAGCAGUUCUGCUGCCAAAGCAAAGCUCAAUCGCUCUGCAGACAUUGACAGUACACUUGCAAGUUUUAUGGCUGAAAUUGAUGCUAUCACCACUCAGCCAGUCCAGACCGAUGAUACUACAAAGGAGGAGCCCAGUGAUCCAGCACCUACCCCUCCUUGCCCUGAACCCAAGACAGAGCAGCAUGCUUAUGCACAGAAUGGCUCUGCACAGGAAUUUCAGUAUAAUACACAGUACUCCCUGGCAGGAGCUGGGGUUGAAAUGGGUGAUUGGCAGGAGGUAUGGGAUGAGAACACGGGCUGCUACUACUAUUGGAACACCCAGACUAAUGAGGUGGCCUGGGAGCUUCCCCACUAUCUAGCCGAUCAGAUGCAGAGUCUACAGCAGUACUCAGAGAGCUCAUCUGUUAACGGCAGCGAGGUGUUGCAUCACGCAGCGAGUUAUCCUGAACAGCACUCCGCUCCGACUGUCACUGCAUCGAAACAGGAACCAAAAAAGAAGGCAUUAAUGGAGAGUGUAGUGGCUUUAACUAGUGAUGAGGAGGAGAGGAAAGGGGUAGCUGCCUCUCUCCUCGCACCUCUAAUACCACCUGAAGUGAAAGAGGCAGAAGAGAAAUGGAGGAAGAAGAUUCUGGCGAUGGACGAGAAGGUGGAGAAUGCGCCGGAGGUUGAGGGAGAGGCGUCUUUAGGCUCUCCUGCACUGUGUGAUGGAGAAAGCCCUGCUCAGUGUAAUCCGCAAAGUAGGAACCACUCUAGAGAAAACUCUGAUGGAGAAGAGGAGACAGAGGAGGAUACCAAGGAACUGGAGCUUGCAUUAGAGAGGAAAAAGGCUGAACUUCGUGCCUUAGAAGAAGGUGAUGGCAGUGCCGGUGGUUCAAGCCCCUGUUCUGAGGCAAGUCAAGAGGGUUCUCGAGGCCUCUUGAAGAAGACUAAGUGGAAAACAGCCUUUCUUCGGGCACAGAGUCCUGACUCAAACAGCAGAGGAUCUGAAAAACCAGAAUGGGACACUGCAGAACCUGUGGAUAUAGCACAUUCCAAAGCAGCUGAGAAACAAGAAGAUAAAGAAGAACAGGAAAGAACUGUAUCCAAAAUACAAGAGGAGGAUACAGCAGACCUCAAGUUUCAGAUUGGAGAGCUUGCCAAUACCUUAACCAGCAAAAUGGAAUUCUUGGGAAUUGACAAAAAGGCCAUCUCCAACUUUCAACUGCUUUUGUUACAAACUGAGACGCGGAUAGCAGAUUGGCGAGAAGGAGCACUGAAUGGAAAUUAUCUCCGCCGCAGGUUGCAGGAAGCUGCUGAGCACAUAAAACAUUACGAACUUAACGCCACUCCCAAGGGCUGGUCCUGCCACUGGGACAGAGAUCACAGGCGAUACUUCUAUGUGAAUGACCGGACCAGUGCCUCCCAGUGGGAGUUUCCAGCAGUGAAGGAAGAAGAGGAGGAUGCCAAGCCACCCCAGCCCGCUGCAGUUUGUCAGGGAAAUGCAGGUCAACUACCUCCUGAGGCUUCCAGUGGUUCAGCAGAAACCCAGUCCUAUUGGUCAGCUCCUCAACCUCCACUUCCUCCAGACACACCCCCUCCUCCUGCAGAACAACCACCUCCACCACCACCUCCUCCUGAAUCCCCUCCGCCACCCCCUCCUCCACCCCUCAGCGAUGAUGGAGAGAUCGAGGAGGUAGAAAUGGAAGAUGAGGAUGCUGAGCCACCUGCUCCUGGAACAGAGGAAUUUAGGGCCAGUGAAGCAGCAGCCACUCAAGGAGCUGUGGCUAAAGCCCAGAAGAGGAAAGCUCCAGGCUCAGAACAGCUGAACAAAGCCAUCACUAUUGGGAGCAGUCCCAUACUCUACACCCAGCCUACUGCCACAGCAGCCCCUAUAAUCACUGCAAAUGCUUAUUGGGGAAUGACUGCAGUAGCUGCACCUGCUCUGCCAUCAGAGCCUUUGGUUCCACCAGUGCCAGCUGCACCCUCACAACCUCCACUUCCACCACCUCAACCUCCAAUUGAACCAGUGUCCACAAAGAUGCCUACAGACAAAGCUAAGAAGCUAAAGAAGGACAAGAUGAAAAAGAGCAAGACUAAGAUGCCAUCUUUAGUGAAAAAAUGGCAGAGCAUCCAGAGGGAACUAGAUGAAGAGGAGAAGUCAAGUUCUAGUGACGAAGACCGAGAUCAAUUAAACAGCAGGCGCAUUGAAGAGUGGAAACAGCAACAGCUUGCCUCAGGAAAGGCAACGAAGAAUGCUAACUUUGAGGCUCUGCCUGCAGACUGGAGAGAAAGGUUGCUAAAGAAGAGGAAGAUGAUGCAGAGUUCAUAGCAUUGGUCCUUCAGUUUGGAAUGGACUGUCUUGGACUGUAUAUUUCUUUUCGCAUCCUGUUCCCACAGGAUGGACUAGAUUGGACUGAAUGUUUUUAUAUUAUCACCUCUAUUCAAGUGGUGAAUUUUUCUGCAGAAAGACGUCAGUGUCUCUCGUUAUUGAUAUUUUUUUUUUUUUUUUUUGUAAAAAUAACUCCCAGUGUACAAAGUAUUUUUAUGUUAUAUUAUUGUUUUCUUGUUAGAUCCCUCACAGUCAUCAACAUUGAUCCAUGGUAAUUGCAGGGCAACCUGCCUUCUUUUUUAUUUUAGCAUGUGCUGACUUCGAGACUAGUACUUUGUAUAGAUUAUGGCAAGUUUUGUGAUGUUUUUUAGGACGUACUGUGCCAUGAUCAUGAGUCUUGAUCCCAAGACCAUUUACUGUAGGAAUUAAAGCUUUUUUAAUGUCCAUGCAUCACUGAUACCUUGAAGCUUAUGAAUCUUGUCCCUAGGUUUAGCUACAAGAAGUGAUGGAAUAAUACGCAAUUGCACAUGGUGGAAAACACUGGUUUUCUCCAAAGUUUCUGUGGUGAUCAGUUAUUUAGGUUGUUGAUGAGGAACCUGUAUAUAAGUACUCACUCUUGGGGUGAAAUUUCUUAUAUAUGUCAGUGGAGUACAUGUCUGUUCAGGGUAUAGGCUUUGCAAUAAUACUUUAUCAGCAGACUAACAAUAUCUUUUUCAAUGUAGAGAAAUUUCAGCCAUCUACAGCCAUGCUAGUUUCUUCCACAGUGUUCUGUAUAGCUGUGUCCCUUACUGGAAAUGGGGGUGGGGUGGUCAUUGAAGUUUUCUAAGUUGUAAAUAAUAAAUAAAUUUAUACCACCUG